GAAAAGAAUCAUGGUCAGACAUAAAAAGAUUACUGAGUAUUAAAGGAAAAGAACGAAUGAAUGAUACAUACAUUUCUGAAGAGAUUCUCGUUUCUGUCCGAGAACUUUCAAGUCAAACACCAUCAUCAAGCAAUCAUGAUCAAGUCACAAUGGAAUCCUUCGAGGUAACUACUAGUCAUGCAUCAGAUUUCGAGUUGCCUGACCUCUCGUCAUCAUUUGCAGACCUUUAUAAUUGUCUUCGAGAAAUUAAACAAGAAAUCCAGACCAUGUAA